UUACUAUCACAACACACACACCAUGCAUACAUCUUGCAAUUCCAAAACUUGCAACUUCCCUCAUAUGCGCUACUAGCCCCUGAUGCAGCUGCACUGUCUCUUCUCUUGGGUGUUCGGAGCCAACAUACCCAGGUGAUCACCAUUGCGCCGAGAAGAAGCGUCUUUGCCAAUCUAUCACCUACUUGUACGAGACUUCGUGUGCUCAUAACCUGCACGGAUAUGGCUCUUCAUUUAGCCCUGUUUCUUUUGUACACUAGUCUCAUCCUCAGAGCAUCGUGUCAAACCAUACAGGACAGCUGGACUGCACCUGCGACUCCAGACGGAUCUACGAGCUUGCAAAGCGGUGCACCAUUUACUAUACGCUGGAAGUCUGAGCUUCAAGAUGCAUUCUGGACGUACUGUAUUUCGUGUGAUGUCAAGAAGCUUGAUUUUUGGGUGACAAGCUUCAUGGAUGAGAGCUACAAGUUCAAGAUCGCAGGAAGUGUUGAUCUAACCAGCACUACAUCAUUCCUGUGGGAUGUCAAUAUACCUUCUUCCGCACUGAUAGCGAACGAUUACUGGGUGCUACGCUUCACACCCGUUGGCGCAGAAGAUCCGUUCACGGAACAGAUAUCAUCGGCGGGAUUCUACAUUAGCGGUCAGCCUGAACCAUCUACUGUCGUUAAUACCGUUACAGCUAAGCCGAGCAGCACUUCACGUUUCACGUUCGAGUCUUCGACCACUUCAAGCAACACAAGCGCAAUCGCAACGCCAUCUUCAGCAACAACAGACAUGCCAUCAGCUCAAGAUCCAGACUCUUCGAGUAAAAGCUGGAUAGCUGGCGCGGUCGUGGGGCCCAUUGUUGGGAUAUCAAUAGUUGGGGUGCUGUUAUGGUUCAUGUUCAAAAGGGAACGGAAGGAUAACAGCACGGAACAAGCGGAAGCGGAUGUUGGACAAGACAGAUAUGUUUACCAUCCGGCAGAUUCAACAUACCAGGAUGGAGAAGCAAAGUACGCUCAGACGGUUGUGCGUCCCGCACCGUCAACGCACGUCUCCGAAAUGGCUGGUGACUGGCAACAUCGAGCAGAGGACCAAAGCCAAAGCCUUGCAGAGAUGCCCAGCAGUGCUUCGGAUCGUAGCCCUGCAGAGCUUUGGCAAGGAAACUAUCAGUCUAGACCUUAGUUUGUCUUCAUUCCUGGCCCUAUGUCAUUUUCGAAAUAGUUCCAGGAUGCAGUAGUCCUAC